AUGAGUUUUACAAUUGAAAAAUUAUUGAAAACAGACGAUGCUUUACCAUCGAAUAAAUUAAAUGAAUCACUUGAAAAUUCAAUUGAUUUUAAUCCGGAAGAAAAUGCGGACGAUGUAGAAGAUUAUCAGUGUGAUUCUUACCUUCGUCAUCAUCAUUAUCCUCAACGAAGACAUAGUUCUGACUCGAUAGAACAACAACGCGAUGAAAGACAUUCCUUACGCUUAUCGGAUAAUCCUCAAAAUGAAUUGAAUAUAUCCUCCUAUUCAUGUCCACCUAGUCUUUAUUCCUUACAAUCGAUACAUUCCGAUAUGAAUCAACAAUUACUAUCAUCUUCUAGUCCAUUUCAACAAGUAUCGCCUCAAUCAUCGUCUUCUUCAUCACCAGUCACCUCUUCAUCAUCAUCAACCUCUCUGUUGUCAUCUACCACUGCUACCACUACAACUUUCUUAAGUUCACCUCAUUCAAAUCCAGCGCAUAGCAACAGUAUAUCACCAAAUAAUGAUGGUGAUGAUGAGAAAUCCAAUGUGAUUAUUGACAGUGAUUAUCAAUCGAAUACUAUUUCACCAAUCAAUCAACAAGGACAGUGUGAAUAUUUAAAUUUAUUCGAAAAUGUACAACAUAGUCAUCAGAAUUAUUCGACUAUUACCACUACAACUACAACUACAACUACCCCUACCACUACUAAACACUGA